UACGAGCGGAAAAAUCCCAACUUCCCGUGCAAGAUGGCUGCCAUGGUAGUGAAACGAUCUGUGCGAUCAUUCUGCCGGAUGUACGUCCUUUCCUCCCCGUCCCCGGUGGCAACGCAACUUUCCCAGCAAGUUCAAAAAUGUGCCUACUCCUCCUCCUCGACGAAGCAUCCGUUCCAGGGUAAUGGAGAGGGCAGCAGCCCGACGGGCCAUCUGACCAUGACCAGCAGCAGCAACCAGCUGUCAACGGCCGACAUCAAGAAGAUCCCGGAUGCGGAGGUACGCAAAUCCGUCUUCAUCUCGCAAUCGAACGAUGUGUUCACGAACCUCGCCCUGGAGGAUUGGAUCUAUCGGAACUUUGACCUGACGAAUCAUCACAUUCUGAUGCUGUGGAUAAACAAACCGUCGGUGGUGAUCGGCCGGCACCAGAAUCCAUUCUCCGAGACGAACGUUUCGGCGCUGGCGCGUAAUGGGAUCGAGCUGGCUCGACGUAACAGUGGCGGCGGGGCCGUCUAUCACGAUCCCGGCAAUCUGAACUGUACCUUCUUCAUGCCGCGGGCCCGGUACGAUCGGAAGUACAACCUGACGCUGUUGACACGCGCCCUUUAUCGGGAGUACGGCAUCAAUGCGGAGCUUUCCGCACGGGACGACAUAGUGCUGCUGGGCAAAAAGAUAUCGGGCACCGCAGCCAAACUAGGCCAACCGAACGCUUAUCAUCACUGUACGUUGCUGGUAAACUCCAACAAACUUCACCUGGGUGCAUCCCUUGCGAAAGAUAACGUUGAAAUAACAAGCAAGGCUACCGCUUCCAUUCCUUCACCAAUCAAGAAUCUUGUUGACGUAAACCGAACCGUAAACAUCCAGCAGCUCCUGUCGGCGAUUGGUUAUGAAUUCCUACGCACACCCGCCACCCAGCUGACCGACGGUGGUCGUGAACUGUUGAUGAAGCAGCGCGGCUUCCAACUGAUCAAUCCCACCGACAAGUGGUUCCCGGGCAUUACGGAGCUGCGCGAAAACUUUGCCUCCUGGGAGUGGCGGUUUGGCAAGACGCCGAACUUUUCCGUGCAGAAAACGAUCCAGCUCAAAUCGGCCGGUGCCGGUGCGCAUGAGAUGAAGGUGAAAGUUGACGUUGAAAAGGCACUGAUCAAAGAAAUUAGUCUCAUCCUGCCAAAUCACGAACCUAUUCCGGUCGUGUCUGAUAUGGUUGGACGAAUGUACAAUGAGGAUUGCUUCCAUGGUAUUGCGGAAGCAUUGAGGGGUGCAAACACCGAGAAUAUGCAGCAGGCGAUGGGUUUAUGAAGGUUAGUCCUUCCAGCGACGGCCGUAUCUUCCAGCCCAUCUGCUAACACCUCGUCGACGAUCGUAGAAGGAGGUGUCGGGCCGGACAACGGGCGCAGUUGAAAGCGAGCGCACAGUACCGUAUGCUGACUCAUUAAACUUCGAUUCUCUCUAGUGUUCUUGAACAAACAAAAAGGGGGUGUGUGUAACGAGGGAAUGCUGAAGUGAUUUGAAAUUCAAACACCACGCCAUAGUUAACAGAUGGUACUAACCACCAUCACCACCAGUGCCCGUAGGUAGUUACAGUUCGAAUAGAAGGCUUGUCCACCCGGUUGGUAACACAGUAAACAACGUUCCGAUCGUACCAUUCUACCCUUUCGGUAUAGAUCAACCCUGAACCUUAGGCGACGUUAACCUUAGCUAGACUUAGCGGCUUAUCAACCUGGAUUAAGCCGUGAUUAGGAGGUUAAUCGAUAUUCUAUAGCCACACCAAUACAUUCAUCCGUUGGCUACCUUUUUGGCUAUUGCAGGGUUGAGAAAGCAAACAAAAAGAGUAGUAAAACAUUCAUAAUGCAUGCGGAAAGGCGAUUGGUGCAAGCGAUCGUGCUUGAAUUGGAACUGCCGGACGAACCAAGUGACAAACAAACAACUUUUAACGACGACAAUGACGAACCGACGAGGUGUUGUGGUCAAUCGAUCGACCUUGCAUAACACACAACGACCACCACACCGAGACACAAUAUGCACCGCUAAUCAGCUGUUUGUUUGUCGAAGGAAAAUGCGAUCGAAAGCAGUACCGGCACUGUAUCGAUCCGCCAUCGACGUCUUCUUUGCCGUGCCUUAGU